GUCUGACAGUCUCAGCCUCUUCCCCAUGGCGCUUCUCUCCAGCUCCCCGGCAGUCCCCUGCAGUAGAGCCCGGCCACCUCCCUGCGCUGUAGGCCCCUGCUCCGCAGAACGAGCCCGAUCAUUACGUGGACCCCCGCUGCGAAGUUUCACCGCCCCCGGGAGAGCUCGAGGCGGGAGCGAGCGAGCGGCAGGCAGCAGCGCAGGCUAACGGCUUCGCUCCUCUCCAGCGGGCCAGGCUGCACCUCACCCCGCUCCCACGGCUUAGCAAAGGCAGCUACUCCCCUGGGGCACCGCCCACCCCAUGAGACCCCCAACAGCCAGGGCCCCCUGCGGCAGCUGCACCCGGACAAGCCCCCCCCCCCCUUCGCUGCUCAUGCGCGCUUCUAGCCAGCCGUCGCCCGGCCCACUGUCCCCGCGCAUGCGCUCUAUAGCUCUCCCAUCCUGCCUAGGCUCUCUCACGGCACUUCCGGAGGAACUGGAGCGGCGAGGGUCACGUGUUCUCGCUCGCCCCGCCCCCAGGGUGCAGACUGGGCAGGACGAUGUUGCUGCUGCUGGAGAAGCUCCGGGCUGACCAGGUCCUGAAGUUUCUUCACCAGGUAGUUGAUGGCAUAUGUGGCCGUGCAUAUUGUCGAUAUCAGGAUUAUGGCAGCGUUUGGAAUUUGACAGAAUGGAUGGCGGUAUUAGAAGAAACAACAACAUACUUCAAAACUACAGUUGGCAAAAAUCUGUCAGAUGAAGAGGCUGUUCAGCAGUUGAAUGAAUUGAGCUCAAGCCAUCAAGAAGCAAUCACAAAAUGUUUGAAAGGCAGAAAGGAAGAAAUCAGGCAUGCACUGGUGGAAAGCAUAAAUGCAAUCUCCUCUGCCCAGCUACAGGAUUUUGACUGGCAGUUAAAGCUUGCUCUCUCCAGUGAUAAGAUCUCCGUGCUGCAAAUGCCACUUCUAAAUCUUGAUCUGGAUGUGAAAGAAAACGGUGAAAUUAAGCCAGUCUCUGUAGAAAUGAAUAAGGAAGAACUGCAGAACCUAAUAAAUGCUCUGGAAGCAGCUAAUAAGGUUGUUUUGCAGCUGAAAUGACGAGAUUCUGACCGUCAGUGAUGGUUCCACAAGAGACUGCAAAGAGAAUGGAGAUACUCUGUAAAGUGGGAGAGUAAUGAUGCUGUUAAAGUACUGAGUUAAGUAAGCAACACUGAUGUGGACCAGAAGAUUUAUCACAAACUUGGUUAAAAAAGAGAGCCUGCAGUCCACUAGACCAAGAACACAGUUGCCUUGUAGAAAAUGUUGAAAGUUGUAUAGGCCUAUGAAAGACCACAGUAGCAUUUAUGAAAAAUUUGAGUGCCGUGUUUGACUUUGGAGAAGAGAUUUUUGCAGAUGUACAUAAGCUUGUUUUUGUUCAGAAUAAGAAAUCUUGCCUCCACAGUAACUUAUUACAUAACAGUGUAAUAUGAGUUGCUUUCCUUGGAAGGUUAAGCACACCCGUGUCCUGGAACAUAAAUAUUUGAUACUUGUGAAUAGCAAAGUAAUAAACAGUUGAUGCUUUACAUGGA